CCGUUCCGCUACGUCAGGUUGUCCCGUCCGCUCGGUAAAGAUGUCUGCGACGGGUGCAGGCGGCUGUGGACCCGGACCCGGACCCACUUCGGGUGCCGCAUCCGGGGCCUCCAACCCCCGAAAGUUUAGUGAGAAAAUAGCGCUGCACACUCAGCGGCAGGCCGAGGAGACGGCCGCGUUUCAGGAGGUUAUGAUGGACAUCACUUCCACCAGGCUCCAGGCCCAGAAGGUGCGUCUGGCUCGGACCCAGGGCCCAUAUUAUGGAGGCUCUCUACCCAAUGUCAACCAGAUUGGCAGAAACCCACAGGACUUCCAGGGCUCCUUUUCAUCCAACCUGGAGUCCAGUCGGUCCACUCGGCACCACGGCCUGGUGGAGAGGGUCCAGAGAGACCGGCGCUUCAUCUCCCCAGUCCGCCCUUACCGGAACAGACAAGUCGACAGCUCUCCAUAUAACUCCGCCUACCUGUCUCCGCCCCCUGACCACAACUGGAGAAGGAAUUGGUCUGGAAACUUCCCCGGGGAUAAAAGCCAGUUGUUUCGUCACCCCACCACUGCACUUAACAGGACCAACUCUGACUCUGCCCUCCACACCAGUGUGAUGAACCCUCCCGCAGGUGACCCCUUCACCACAGGGGGACACGUGCUCAAUUCACAGGCCGCCAGGCGUACUGUUGAGUCCAGAAUCAGCGCCUCUCUGGGCUCAGGUCAGACUGAGGGAGAGGGCAGAAGAAUGUUUCCAUACCCAGUGCCCCCCAUUGAGGAAAAUGUCUUGGAUGAAGGCAGACUCCUCAAACCCUGGGAUACCAAGAAGCUACCCUUGCUCUCAUCUCGGCCCAAAUCCUGUGAAGUCCCCGGCAUAAAUAUCUUCCCAUCCCCAGAGCAGCCCUCCACACCUGCCCACAGUGUGCCCUCAGCCCUCAACACAGGUGGCUCUCUGCCAGAUCUCUCCAGCCUCCAUUUCCCGUCCCCGUUGCCCACGCCCCUGGACCAGGAUGAACCGGGCUACCUGGGAUCCUCCUCCCUCAGCGGAGGCAGCAGCACAGGGAACCUAGCUUCCACCCUCACCCAGCUGGGGAUCAAUGCUGCCACCGGAGCCGGGGCAAACAAUACCUUUCACCACCACCACCACCACGCACCUGGUCUCCUGACAUCUCUACAGGGCACACUCAGUAACCCCUCCCUACAGUCGUCGCUAAGCAACCCCAAUAUCCAGUCAUCGCUAAGCAGCCACUCCUUUCCCAGCUCCCUGAGCUCCAGCUCCCUGCACUCAUCGCUUAGCAACCCCUCCCUGCAGUCUUCGCUUAGCUCCUCCCCUUCCCUGCCAUCAUCCCUCAGCAACCAAUCCCUGCAUUCCUCCCUCAGUAACUCGUCCCUGAGUGGCCAGUCGCUGCAGUCAGCAGCCAGUAGUAACCCCAGCUACAACAGCGGAGUGGGCGGGUCCAGCUCCUGUUCCCCAUCCUAUUCGCCACUGCUCAGUGGCCAAAAUCAGAUGCCACUCAGCACGUCACCACGGAGGCGGGCCCAGCUGUCCUCUGUGGUCCUCCCCAUGGGAGGGGAGUCUCGGAGGCACCACCCCAAGCAGUUCUCCCCCACCAUCUCCUCUACGCUCUCCUCCAUAACACAGGGUGUUCCUCUGGACACCAGCAAGCUUCCUCUGGACCAGAGGCUGCCCCCCUACCCCUUCAGCCAGCCCCACAAGUCUCUUCCCGUCCUACCCAGCUCCCAGCCCGACCAGCAAGCCCACCAGCAGCUGCACCACCUUCAGCAGCCUCGCCCCAAUGCCCAGCAGCAACAGAACCAGGCCCUGCAGAACCUUCACCUGCAGAACCUCCGCAACACCUACAAUCAGCACAUGCAGCAGCACUUUGGCACGCAGAGGACAGCAGCUCUUCAGAUCAGCACGUCUAGUUCGUCCCAAAUAAAGAGAGAGAGCUCUGUGGAUCAGAGCUGCCUGGUUAAGCAGGAACCACUGCUCCAGGCAGACCAGUCUCAGUCUGAGCAGCAGAGACCCAGCACCCUACCCCAGCUCCAGCAGAUCAGCCACAGCCUGGCCACAGACCUGGGACUCUACAACGACUCCCUGUUCAACUCCCUUUUGGAUGACCCCUAUCUGAGUCUCCAGCUCACAGGCAGACCCAACCAGCAGUUCCCCAUCGAGAACCAGGGUGACGGUCUGGCUCUGAACCAUGGUGGUUUGGGCUGCGGCAGCACUGCUGACAAGAACCAGUAUCAGUGUCACCAAGGCUCUCUAGAGCUCCAAGACUCUGCAGAACGACAGCUCCUAAACAACCAGAACCAGAAUUAUGGCGGGGGAGAGGGACACCACACUGUGCCCAAUAUUAUCCUCACUGGUGACUCACCCCCUGGUCUUUCCAAGGAGAUAGCCAGUGCAUUGUCCCAUGUCCCUGGCUUUGAAAUGGACCCCUUCUCUUUGGAUGACCCCCUCAGGAUGGACCCCCUGGCCCUGGACAUGCUGGAUGGCGAGCUGAUGCUGGCUGACCCUGCAGUGGAGGAUUCGUUCCGUUCUGACCGGCUCAAGUGAACCACCCCCCCCCCCCUUCCAGGAGUGUGGGUGGUGUCAGAGAGAGGGACCGGCAGAGAGAGAGAGCACUGCCCAAGCGAGGGUGGAGAGAGCUGUGGUCGGUGCUGCUUCACUAACCCCUCUCCUCUCCCAUGGAGGCUGUCCUGCUAGAGGGUCAGCAGGCUGAGGUUUGGAUCGAGUUUGAAAGAUGCUAAAGAGGAAUUCACAUGGUUCCCUAUGGAGAUGAGGAAGGCUUGGAGAGAGUUGGACAGUGGUGUGUGUGGGGGACGGCGUUAACUGGAGGGGGAGGAGUUUGCAUCAAAGGCACUUAACUAACAAUGCUCUUGCAAUGCUUGAAGUCAAAGAUGGGCAAGAUGUUUUUUUUGUUUUGUUUUUUUUUGUUUUAGUCGUUUGGCAUUGUACGAGUCUUACCUGCAUGUUAACAAAAAAUGCACUUAGGAUGAUGCAACCAUGCAGGAAUCGUGCAUGUGAUGUCAGCUUUAUGUAAGGAAACCAUCAGCAAAGUCAGCAGCACUCAGAAGGUCCUGUCUCGAAAGCAAUCAUGCAUCCAAUAAGCCAGGAACCUUCUCCUCGCUUCAACACUGUGGUUUCUCUGGGCUUUUCCAUUUCAUCCGAUCACCAUAUUCAACGCCACGCUACAAAGACAGCAUUUCAGAUUGUUUCAGCCGGGCGGGAAAUUACCACCAGCCGAACUCUGGUUAACCUUGUUUGUGGCCCUGUUCAGUCUGAAUAGCCUCGUCAGUUGUUUCAAACAUGAAAAGAUGCCGGUGAAUUUUGAGAAACACCAGCGACUGUAAUAGCUGAGAAACCGAUGAAUCUUUCAUGCCUCCGCAGUCACCUCUGGCUGGUAAACAUGUUGAAUAUGUGUUUCUAUAAGAUUUAAUUCAGGGCCAAGAAUGUGGAGCUGUCUGUUGCAGAAAUCUACUCAAGGCUAGCAGCUAUGUAGGAGCAAUGUUAACCUGUUCCUCUUUCUGGGCAGGGAUGAAGCCCUCUCUGGAGGAUACAAAUGGGGAGUGUUUUUGGUGGGUGUUGCUAAGAAAAAGAGCAGCCGUUUUGUGUCUGUGUAUGUAGUAAAUCCUCGACAAGUUUUAGAAGGCUUUUCUUAACCUUCGGACGGAUGAACGCCACUUCAAGCAGCUUCAAAUCUUAAAAAAAAAAACCUCAUCCGUUAACAUCGUAGACUUUAACCGUCAAUUAACCACCACUAGCAGAAUGUCUGUGCUCACACUUGUCUGGUAGUCAGCUGUAUGUACACAGCAGCAUGUAGCAUGCUGUUUCAGUGGGAUUUGUGUUUAAGCUGAAGCCAUGGGUCUUGUUGCUCUCUACCUAGCGUGCCUGUUAUACUGCGUAGCUUCAUCUAGAUCCUACCCACUUCUCCUUUUACACAUUCCCUUUAGAGCCAAUGACAGGGAACAGUGUAUGUAAAGACUGCAUUGACAGCUAUUUGGAUGCUAAACAAGCCUUUGCUGGCAGUCCCAUGGAUUGCUGGUUCGUCAAACAGAAAUGAUAAAUUUCACUUCUCAACUGAAUGUGUUUCAGACUCGAGGGCUUUCACACUGACAAGGCCAGAAAGCAGGGUUUCCUACACAGGUCUCGAAAAAGAAAAACCUGACACCCACAUAGACCCACUAUAUUUUCACUUGUAGUUAUAUUUGGUUAUCAUGUAGAAGGUCAUUCAGUCAUAGACUGAUAAAGUUUAGUUGACAGUCGUGCUGUGAUAUUAGUUGUCGAGUGAAAUUAUUUUCAGCUAAAGACUUAUAUAGUUGACAUUCAUGGUGGACAGCCACCAUCAGUACACAACAUGCUAAAACAUUGAUCCAAAUGUUCUGAUCCAGGUCAGAAGUUGUUCCGAGGAGUGAUGCAGUUUUGAAAUGGACAACAUGUAGGAGCCCUGUGAAUGCCUAUGCAGGUCUCUCUGUGAUACUGUUCGAAGUAUGAAGGCUACAAUCCCCUGGUCUCUAAGCUUUACUACCCCAUCAGUUCUAUGAGGGGAACUUUCACCAGAUUAGAUGUUCUAAGCUUAUCCUGCAAAAGUAGAUAUUUCUCUAAAUUAUUCCCUUGUCCUUUUUCAGUUAAAUAUGUUUCGAGUUAAAUUUUCUCAAGAUGAAGGAAAUGGCUACUCUGUUACAUGACCAACCCUUCAAGGUCUAAGGACAGUCACUCCGUUAAAAAUAGAAAAUUGAUUAGAAGAAAACAAACGUAUAGCCGUUUCAUGAAAGAAAAGAAGACAGCUAUUCAUACAAUAUUUUAAACCCUUCUCAGGUAAUGAAUUGAUGUCUUUUCUUUGAUCUUGAGGUCAAAGCUAAAAAACAAAAACCCCUCAAAUUUCACUCAAACCUUUAAAAGAAAAUGUGUUAUUUCCAAGAAUAACGGUCUAAAAGUCAUUUUUGGGUGGAAUUCCUUUAACCCCUGUCACUGUGAUUGACACCCCCUUACCCCGUCCACUUGCCUGCACCUGCUGCACUUGUCUUGCCACAGUAAAAGGCCAGAAUAUAGCAAAAUAUUUUUAUGUAAAAAAAAAAAAACAAAAAAAAAACAACAAAAAAACUAAAGAUAUUAUUAUAAAGACUUUAUUUUUUAACCCAAUGGUGGUCUAAAUGUAUAUGUAUAUACAGUAAUAAUGCAAAAAAUGUAUCUUGAAAAACAUAUUUAAAAAAAAAAAACAUGAGUUUUUGCAGCGUCCGAGACCAGUUGCAUGGGGUUUGGAAGAAGUAAGCGUGUUUGAAGAGGUUUUUUGAACAACGUAGCGUUUAACAUUUACGAUGGGAAACAUUCUCUUGCAUGUACCUUUAACCUAAAGCUUUGACCUUGUUCAGGAGCAUCUAGAAUGGGAUUCCUCACAGUAGACUGUUUGGGAAAAUACUGCCAAGACAACUCUCGUCUUAGAUCAAUAAACGACGUCCUCCCCAAGCUCACUGCUUCAGCAGUUCUCCAGCAGGGAUGGAGGUUGCUUAGUAAAUUAGUCUGCCAGCAGGUAGCCAGCCAUUUCUUUGGUGGUCUUGUUCUUUUCUAAACAUCUAGUGGGCUGGUAACACAGUGGAGGUGUCUGCUGAAAUCACUGCGUCCCCAGACACCGUGUCCUAUGGACAGAUUAGGUUUCUGACUUCCCUUCCUCUAUAGCUAAACUGGCUAAAAAGCAAAGAAGACUGGUGGAACAUUUGUUAUCCUACAGAGUUGUAAGCAACUGUAGAAAACAUGGAGAAACACUCAAAAUAAUGUCCUGGUAGAAUCUGAAUAGCUCUGAGAAUAAUUCAUGGAUGCAGUCUAAUGUUCAAAACAAUGAACCAGCAAUUUGGUUCACUGUGGAGUUUUAAAAUGGAAUAACAAUAUAGGCGCCAUAUUGUGAUUAUAGAAAUGAAGGUAGAGUAGUGGAUAAACCUCCCAUUUCCCCCGCAUGACGUCUUGUCCACACAAAAAAGUGUAGGUGCCACGGCAAGGAUACACACCGGGAUGAAACUCUGCUGUUACAGCCGAUAAAUUAUAGCUGAUAUCCAUAAUAGAUGAUAAUAUAGCCAGAUGAGAAGUCAUUUUGCAGAGCUUAGUUAUACCAUGUCAUCAUAGGGUAUGUAGCUUUAAAUUAAAUCUAGCCACUAGCUAAAUAUUGAAUCACUGGCAGUCUUAGUUCCCAGUCAGCAACUAUUUAAAGUCCAUUUUUUUCUGGUGGGGAAGUAAAAGUGCUUGGUUAAGUUCAAUAUCCAUAAAGGGCAGUUUUCUUUAAUAACGAGAUUUAAAAAUAAUAGGUCAAUGUAAAGUAAAACAGACAGGAUAUAUUUAGGUCUAUCAGGUUUGGUUGUUUUACCUUAAGUCAAACUUGUUGUUUUUGUUUUCAGUAGAGUAAGGCUGGGUUUCCCAACAGCAUCUCAUGGCUAAUUUAAAGAGAAGAGCUCAAAGAUAAACUUUGAAAAACAACUAAUUUUAGCAAAUGAAUUCUUUGUACCAUCAGUGUGUUGACAAUAACUAAUGAUUUGAUUAUUUAUUCAUACUAGUGAAAAGUGUAAAAAUGAAUUCAUGAUUGAAGAGACUUGUGGGAAACUGGGUGGUCUGUGUUCUACAAGGCACUUCCAACAGGCGGUGGGUGACACAUGACAGAUAUAUGGUCUCAGAGAUGAGCUCAAACCUGAGGUCAGUAAGUCAAACUGUGCAGUGCCGCCCCCUGUAGGUUAAACCAACGUCCCAGUUGUUAACUGGUCAGCAAGGUGUGAAAAUGCAAGAAAUGAACUUGCAGAUGUGAUCAGUUUGUAUGGGAAAUGUUGUUAGCUUGUCCCAAAACAUAAUAAUAGACAUUCCAUAUAGUUGUAGAUCUACUGUCAUCUCAAAUGAUAUGAUAUUUGCCAUUAGGACAGAUAAUGCACAGUUGUUGGGUGAUGUGGUCUUGCUGGCAGUCCUGUUGCCCUGCCCUGUCAAUACACAUCCCAUUGAUACCUAUAGAGACUGUGCUUUUAACAAUAUGCCUGGCCAAAAGUCACUGCUAAUGAUAAAGUAAGUGCUUUAUGGCAUGCAGUGCACUGUUGCUGGGUCUGUUCAGUUUGCAUGUGCAUUUUAAAUAUAGAUCAAUGAGUAAUGAAUUAAUAUAAAUAUAGCCACAGCAUGUGGCUGUUUGCCAAGUUACUGAGAACUAGGUUGAAAAUCAACAGCAGUCUAUUAAAAUGUUGAUUUUGGACUCUGGUAGGCCACGUACACAGGGCAUUCACUAUAAUUUCUAAGUCUUGUCCUAUUCUGAACACCUAGCCUGCCAGUAAAAGUGAAAGUGGUUUUUGACAUGGAUAUCCCAUCACUGUGACCAUUAUAAACAGGCUUGUUUUCCUUGCUCAUUGUGGACAGAAGUGGGAAUUGGUAUAAUAUACUUUUGAGUUACUUCAGCCCUUUGUUCUCCUAUUUGUUAACCUGUUUGUUUUUCUUUACAUGCUGUACUGGCCUUCAUUCCCAGGCAAAACUUUGAAAAUUAAAUUCUCCACUGGUAAUGAAAUUUUAACCGGGAAGUUGAAACGUUAGAAUAGUGCGUGACAGAGAUGGGAUGUGUUAAAUGGAAGUUGUACCGUGUGAUCCAGUAGCAGGUAAAGGGUGUCUGUAUGAAGAAGGUGUGUGAGGGUCAGCGCUGGUCGCCGACCAGUGAGUGGAGAGAUUAAAGAUGAUAUUUUCUGACACCUGAUGGAAGGACAGAUUUUGGAGAACGAACACAGAAUAGUUGAUCAGGUCGUGUUUAUCAUCUUGCACUUUGAAUUUGGGUAAUCCAGGAAGUGACUUAGAGGGGAGGGCAGCUCUGAUGGCCGUGUCAGGCCGUGAUGCGUAAAUUGUUACCGUGUUUGUGCUGCUUUCACAGAUAGUGACUAAAACAGUUUCACCCUGAGUGGGACACUACCGUUGGCUAACUAGUUGAAUUCUCAUCAUCCUGAAAUUUAGUCUAUGGCUGUUAACUAAUAGUGUUGCCAGCCACUUUGGCAAGUGACCAGCCAUCAUUUUAUUCAGUAACAAAAAUCUAGUUGCCUUGUAAAACAGUAAAGACAGCUGAUGUGGGGAUUUUGUCAUUCAGUUUCCAUCAUGCCCAAAUCAGCCAGUCACCAAGCUUUGACACAACUUAUUAUUAUUACUUUUUUUUUUAAACGACAGAGUUACUAUGUGAAGUCUUAGACACAGAGCAGUGUGUUACUGAUGGAAGAUUUCUUAGUGUCAUUUAAAACAGACAAGCAUCUCCUUCAAAACUAUGCAUAUGGGACAAUAUUUUAUUUGACAGGGACUAAAGAUCGGAUGUAGAGGAUAUGUCAAAAUAUUAGAAACAACGGAGGGAUUGAUAAUUAACCAGUUCAUCUCCAAGACCCCCUUUUUAUCUCUCGGGGAAUAUCAGAAGAUUACCUUGUUUGUCAUUAGCGUUCAAAGGUGUUAUGAUUCCAUCAAACAAAGACUCAAGUGACCUAAUAUAAAUCUAUAAAUUAUUAUGUCCUACCAUGUAUUGCCAAUAAUGGUCUGUUGUUUUUGUUUUUGUUUUUUCAACGAGUUGAUGUGUUGUUUUGAUACCAUUAUGAUUACCAGCAAAAAUUACUCGUCCACCUUUCAUCAUAACUACCAUGCAUAGCAUUUCUAACUUUUUUCUGUCUCUUGACAAUCUGUCAUGAAUGUUUAAUCUCGCACGCGCGCGCGCGUGUCAGCCAUGUGAGCCUCUGCUCUCCAUCUAAGUCUUGUUAUGCAAUAAAACUGCGAGUACCCUGCGCUCAGCUAGCACGCUGCAGUUACAACGUCCUGCCAGUAGGAGCUGCUGUUGACCAGCGAAGUAAUGCGUGAAUUUAGGGAUCAUUUAUUGCCAUAUUUUUAUCUAUAUCUGUGUGUGUAUAUAUAUAUGUGUGUGUAUAUAUAUGUAUAUACAUAUGUAUAUACAUAUAUAUAUAUAAAACAUUUGCUGUCCUAUUAAUGUUAUUGUUACCGUUUUGCAAUGUAGUUCUUGCCUCACGUUUAGGGUUCAAGAAAAUAAAUUAACGUUUGCUUUUUAUCUGAGAAAUGAGUUGACAUUGUUAUAAAAUUUUUAUUUGAAACUUGUAAUAACCAGGGAAUCGUUUUUUUCUGUUGUAAAUAAUGUUCUUCAACCAUAGGUGCUCCUUAAACCUAACGUGGAAGAUUUUUAAGACUGUACCGUAACAUUAUUUUACAAAAUAUAAAAUGAAA